AUGAGAUACAAGUGGGUGUUCUGGACAUUUUAUUUAAUUAGUAUCUUGGUAUUCCUCGUGGAUUUUUCUCUUUGUAAUCCUGACGCUAAGAGACUAUAUGAUGAUCUUCUCAGCAAUUAUAAUAGACUCAUUAGACCAGUUAGUAAUAAUACCGAUACAGUGUUAGUUAAGUUAGGAUUAAGAUUAUCUCAACUUAUAGAACUGAAUUUGAAAGAUCAAAUAUUGACUACAAAUGUAUGGUUGGAACACGAAUGGCAAGAUCAUAAAUUUAUGUGGGACCCUCAAGAGUACGGUGGUGUUAAGGAACUCUAUGUACCAUCAGAACACAUUUGGCUGCCGGAUAUAGUGCUUUAUAAUAAUGCCGAUGGUGAAUAUGUUGUAACUACUAUGACCAAAGCCGUCUUGCAUCAUACUGGAAAAGUACUUUGGACACCACCAGCAAUCUUCAAAUCUUCAUGUGAGAUCGAUGUGAGAUACUUUCCCUUCGAUCAGCAGACAUGUUUUAUGAAGUUUGGAUCAUGGACUUACGAUGGGAAUCAAAUUGACUUGAAGCAUAUUAGCCAAAAAGUAGGUGAAGACAAAGUCGAGCUUGGCAUAGACCUUAGAGAGUAUUACCCCAGCGUGGAAUGGGACAUCUUAGGGGUUCCUGCAGAAAGACAUGAAAAAUAUUAUCCCUGUUGUUUGGAGCCUUAUCCCGAUAUAUUUUUCAACAUAACGCUGCGAAGGAAAACACUUUUCUACACUGUUAAUCUUAUAGUACCUUGUGUAGGCAUCUCCUACCUCUCAGUGUUAGUCUUUUACUUACCUGCGGACUCUGGAGAAAAAAUCGCCUUAUGUAUAAAUAUUCUACUAUCUCAAACAAUGUUCUUCUUGUUGAUCUCAGAAAUUAUACCCUCUACAUCCCUAGCUCUGCCACUGUUGGGAAAAUAUAUUUUAUUUACCAUGGUGUUGGUAGGAUUUUCGGUAGUAAUAACUAUAAUUAUUUUAAAUGUGCAUUACAGAAAACCAAGUACUCAUAAAAUGGCGCCGUGGGUUAGGAGUUUCUUUAUUAAAAGUGUUCCCAAGCUAUUAUUAAUGAGAGUACCCAAAGAUCUGUUAACAGAAUUAGCAGCUCAUAAAAUUCCCCCGAAUCGGAUUAUGACGAAAAAACGAGAUAUUGAUACAAUGCCUUCAAGCAGAUCGUCGUCUUCUAGUACCUCCAGUUCAUCUAUGAACAGAGCUAGUGGAUGCAAUGGACUGCAUUCUACGUCAACUACUAACAGAUUACGUGGAUUUGCUGGCGCCCUAAGUGGAAGAUUAGGUUACAACGGAUUGCCAUCCGUAUUUUCUGGUUUGGACGAAAGUGAUUCGGGAACCAAGAAGAAAUAUCCAUUUGAACUGGAAAAGGCAAUCCACAACGUCAUGUUCAUACAACACCACAUACAAAGACAAGAUCAAUUCAAUGCGGAGGAUCAAGACUGGGGUUUUGUAGCUAUGGUACUGGACCGCCUUUUCCUGUGGAUUUUUAUUAUAGCGUCGAUAGCAGGAACCAUUUCCAUUUUAUGUGAAGCUCCAGCUCUUUACGACGACACCAAACCAAUUGACAUGUUAAUAUCCUCCGUCGCUCAACAACAGUAUCUACCGGAUUUAGAGAAUAUCCAGUAA